AUGCUGUGGCGGCCCCUUCAACGCCGGCUGUCCCUUGCCUGGGCGCAUCUGGAGCCGAUCCGAUGUCGGCCGUCCCUGGCUAGCCGUACUCGCCAAUUUUCGUGUGGCGCGACUCGAUUUCCGACUGCAUCCCAGUUCAACCGGUCCGAUUUCACAAGCCAGCCGUACACAGGAAGUUAUGAGCCAGGCCUUCCGACAACAGGGCCUUUGGGGUCAACUCCGGCCUUUGGCGCACCGACAGUCACUCCAAAGAUAUUAAAGCAAUACCUCGAUCAAUAUGUUGUGGGGCAGGAGCGUGCAAAGAAGGUUCUGAGUGUGGCGGUAUACAACCAUUAUCAGCGCGCACAAGAAAUCAUUCGGCGAGAAGAGGAGACAGCGGAGCUGCUUGCAAAGCGCCAAAGGAGGGAGGCGCUUGACAAUCGCCACUUAGAAGAAGAAUUAUCGGGUCAGCCGCAAAGUACGGGACUGCCAUCUACCAAGCCUCGUCCAAACCCCCUGUUGGAUCAGAGUGAGCCGCUCGAUACCUCGCCGCUUCAACUAGAAAAAUCGAAUAUUUUGCUACUCGGGCCCUCGGGCGUCGGAAAGACCCUCAUGGCGAAAACUUUGGCGCGAGUGCUCUCCGUCCCCUUCAGUAUUUCGGAUUGCACUCCAUUCACACAGGCGGGCUACAUUGGCGAAGAUGUCGAAUCAUGUGUACACCGGCUUUUAGCCGCUGCCAACUAUGAUGUCGAGCAGGCAGAACGGGGCAUAAUCGUCCUUGAUGAGAUUGAUAAGAUUGCUUCGGCAAAGGUUAGCCAUGGGAAAGAUGUUGGUGGGGAAGGUGUGCAGCAAGCAUUGCUGAAAAUCAUCGAGGGAACCACGAUCCAGGUCCAAGCAAAGUCCGAGAAGAACCCCCGUACAACCAGCCCUCCAAACACAUACCCGUCCAACAGCCCUCUCGGAAACAGCCCCUUCCAGCCAAAUGGCGGGCCACCGAGUGGGAAAGGCGAAACGUACAAUGUUCGCACGGACAAUAUUCUGUUCAUCUUCUCUGGCGCGUUUGUUGGUUUGCACAAAGUCGUGAUGGACCGCAUCUCGCGCGGUUCGAUUGGCUUUGGCCAGCCAAUCCGUUCUGCAUCGAGAUUGGAUCACGGGUUCGACCCUUCAAACGCAUCGUCUGCAGACGAGCCCCAGCCAAUCCUCCCCGGGUCAGAAGAAGAGGCCUUGUACAAAAAGCAUUUACCUUUCUUCACAUCAGCCUCCCACGGCUCGUCGAGUAAUGAGGCGACCUAUUUUAAUGCUCUGGAUCUUUUAACACAAGCAGACUUGCAGUCAUAUGGCUUCAUCCCGGAGUUGAUCGGGAGAAUCCCGGUGACUGCAGCCCUCUCCACCUUGACCCAGCCUUUGCUCCUACGGAUUCUCACAGAACCGCGCAAUUCGCUGAUUGCCCAGUACGCCACUCUCUUUUCGCUGUCUGGUGUCGAGCUUCGCUUCACCACGCCAGCCCUUCACAAAAUCGCUGCCAAUGCAUUCAAAAUGGGCACAGGAGCACGAGCCCUCCGCACUGAGAUGGAGACCAUCCUGAGCGACGCCAUGUAUGAAGUGCCGGGCUCGAGCGUGAAGUUUGUUCUCGUAACAGAAGCGGUCGCUAACCGUGACGAAAAGCCUGUCUACCUCGCUCGCGGGCAGGGCGGAAAGUUCCAUGCAAUGAUCUCCGCCGAAGAGAGUCAGUGGGAGGACAAAACGCGCCGUGAAAAACAAGAUAAAAAUAAGCGCAUGGCGGCGAACUCUGAUUCCAGCGAGACCGCCGAGGCAUCCAAUUUCAAGGAAUAUCGCAAGCGUGCAGCUGGUUAG